ACAACAGUGGUUUCAACGUAUUUUAAUACGUGACAUUUAUCUGACGCUUUUAUCCAAGGCGAAUUACAAUUGCUAUACAUGUCGCACGCCUCUGGAGCAACGAGGGGUUAAGUGUCCUGCUCAGGGACACAAUGGUGGGUUGGUUACAGUGGAGGAUUGAACCGGGAUCUCUCACACCAAAGACAGGCGUCUUAUCCAUUGCGCCAUCACCGCAUCAAUAGCAACAUUCCCAUUACGACCAAGAGCUAAUGUUAUGCGUGUCCGAGAGGCAGGCGGGGUUUGCUUCAAAAUGAAGGCUCAAUGAAGGAUCGGUCCCGACUGUAAAAUCUGAACCUGUAAGAAUACUGUAAACAGUCCUAAGGGAUAGAUUAAGGUAACGUGGCUAACGUCACAUGUAGUGUGUGUGCGCCAACCUACAUUGUCUAAAUCAAUUGUGUCUGUUAGUUAAACACAAUUACAUAAAGUGGAUGGGUUCAUUAACUCCCAGUUAAUUCGCAUUUGCGAAUCUGUCUGGUUAGCUUAACGUUAGCUCAUGACAACAGCAGCAACAGCACAAGCGACGUUAGAGCAGUCCGGUUAGCAUCCGGUCGCGACGAUGUUCUGGCCCUAUGUUUCUAGCCACAGGGAGACGAAGUUGCUAAUCACGGACCAGUGAGAACCAACAAUAACUUUGUGUCGCCAAUAAAGUCGGCACAAGAAGCUGAGGAAAAACUACUGUCGUGUACACCUAACCUGACGCUACAGAAGUUGUCUUGGAACCUGUUUGGGAAAGGCAGGCACUGUCAAAAGUACUUGGCAGGUGAUUGGAUGAACCAUCUGUCCAUCGCCGUCACGAGCUACCUUCGACCAAUGAGAUCAACGAACAAUAUGAUGUAGGAGCGCGCCGAAGAGGAAAUACAACAACAAGCCGCAGUCAGUCAGAGUAAACUACCUAUGUAGUUAGUAGCUAACAUGUCUAAAGCAAAAGCAAAGCACGCCAAUUGUUCUGUAGUUGGUUGCAACAACCAACACAGCACACUGUUGGGACUCCAGUCAUCCGGGGAAGCAAGUAUCAGUUGGAUUAACUUUAUUUUCAACGGAGAUGUCCCCUCAACGACUACACGGUUUCUGUAUGUGUGCGCGAACCAUUUCACCCCAGACUGCUUUGUGAACGUGGGUCAGUACGAAGCUGGGUUCGCGUCAGUGUUGAGGCUCAAGGAUGGAUCGAUACCGACUGUCCGCGAUUCCACUUCAAACGUGCAAGCUGGCACCGAUGGCAGCACUUUGCCUGCUGUAAGACACGUGGCCUCCCAGACUGACCCCCCAGAGAGGAAAUCAGUCGGCACACAGCUAUCCAUGAAAACUCUGCAGAAUCAAUUCCGCAGUAAAGGUACCCAGGCGAGAGUGUCCAGCAGAGAUUAUGGAGUGUGCACCCUCACCUUCCCCUUGGACAGUCCACUAUUGUUCCUACAACCAACAACAGUAAAGAGAUCAUCCAAGAGACCUCGACUCAGCCUUUCAGACGAGGAGGAAGGCCCUUCAGGAUGUAGAUUGUCUAUGGUAGUUCAUGAACCAGAGGACUCAACAUAACGGGCACUGACAUGGGUCAGCGGCUUUUUUUUCUUUACUUUCACGGAAAUCUCUUCAUGGAGAGAAAUUGGUGAAUGACAGACAAGUUAAUGGAACAAAUAAGAAUACUGAAAUGUUUAUGUUGUACGACAAGUGCCAUGAAACAGUGUUGGCAGUUACAAGGUGCUUGUAUACCACAUUAGUAAUCGGGAUUCAUAUUGGUUCCCCCUUUUACAUGGCGGUACACAUGUCUUAAUAUCGCCAGAACAAAGAAAGUAUGCAGAAAAGAUUACAUCUGUCAAGACAACUGCCUUCAACGUGCCCUUGAGCAAGACACCAAUCUCUCAGCUGCUCCAGUAGAACUGUUAAAUAACAGAUAACUCACUGAAUGUCUUUAGGCAAAUAAGUCUCUGUGCUUGUGAUCUAACUGGCUGAAAAUUGUAAUGUUGUUUUUGUUUUUUUGAGUUCCUCUACAAAUGAUACCACAGUGUCUUUCUGAGUGCAAUGUAACAUCACUUAAGAUUUUGGACCAUUUAAUCUCUCCCAGUACCACUAAAAAGGAAUCAGAUAAAUACCUAUCUUCACUAUCAAAAACAUGAGGGGAAAACUGCUAUGAUCUUGGUACAGUUUCUCUCCAUUACUGCAAAACAAAGGAUUGUAAUUUCACAUCAGCUUGUGGAACAGGUAAAAACACCAGUGACAUCUUUGAUUUGGCAGGAAGGGACAUUUGGAUUGAUAACAAUGCUGGUCUGUAGAUGUACAUUAGAAAUUAAGGGGUAUUUAUUUUGACAGUAAGGUUCAGUUUCAGCUCUACGAGUGUCCCUUCUACGGCUUCAAGUUGGUUCAUUAACUGGGUUGUAUUGAUGUCUAAGAAACGGUGGCUAAAAGUUUCCACACAGAUUUUAAUAUAGCUUUUGUGUGAAGCUAGUGUGCCAGAAAGUUGACUGUUUGAAAAUUAUAUUUUUACAAUUGACUUGUAAACUGCAAAUAUAAAACACAAAUACAGGUUCAGUAGAUGUGUCUUAAUAAAACAAUGUUCUGUUA